AUGAAUUGUGAAGAGUUGCGAGAACUUCCGAAUAUGAAAUAUAUGCAAUUUAUACCGCCUCCGCCUUCGCGUGGAGAUCCAUUACUCAUUGAAAAACCAGAGACCAAUAAGAAGGAUGAUUGUUCGGAAGAGCUCAAAGAGAUUCCAUCAGAGUUCAUCGAUGAAGUAUUGGCAGUGGAAAAUGUAACCGUUAAAUUUCGCGUAAAUGGCUCUCGCAUUGUGGCUCAAGUAUAUUCGAAUCGAUCGAGCAUUGCCGAUAUUAAAACUGAUAUCGGUAGCAAGUUUGAAGUCGAUCCAAAGUAUAUAAGACUUACGCAAAACGAACGGGAAAUAUCAAAUCGUUGUUUGUUGGCACAAACGGAUUCAAACCAAUUUGGAAUAUUUGAAUUCGAUUUAGAUUUGCUGCAUAUUUCAGAAAUGAAUCUUGGCGAUGGUAUGGAUCCACCAAAGUUAGAUCUGAACAUAUAUUAUAACAAAUAUCACAUGCCCGAUUUUAUAACUGUUAACAUUGAAGAUGAGAACGGAUUUAGAACGGUUAUUGUGGAGAUAUUGAAUAAAGCAAUUGUAAAGCCAUUUUUGUGUGGUUACCGGGAUAAAGCAACAGGUAUUGAGUAUUUAGAUGCAUUCACUCAAACUGGACCAUACUUUGAUAAAAUGAAAUUCAAUCGUUAUAUCAGCAGAGAUACACAAACUUAUGAGUUCAAAGGAAAGGAAAUUGACACUGCGCAUGAACAGUCUACGCAGUGCUUUCAGGACGGCAACAAUGUGUUGUAUGUUUCCGCAGCCACAGAUUACACCAUAACUCCCGGCAAAUACCAAACUUAUGCCCAAAAAAUGCGCCGCGAGAAUAAACUGGCCAAAAUCAUUUUGAUACAACGUAAUUUUCGUCGGUUCUUGAUUGUGCGUUUCAUGCGGAAUGCAGCUGCAAAGUAUCGUCGGCUGGUGGCUAACCGCAAAGCCGAGGAGGAGCGGCUGCAGGUGGAAGCAGAGAAGCGCAUCAAACGUAUUGAGUUGGCGAAACAAUUUCCACAAACAAAGGACGACUUUGAAAUGUUGUAUGGCGAAGUACAGAAAUGGAAGAUCGCCGAGCUGAAACGAAUAGCACGAUUGUAUGAAGGACCUGCACGAAUUGCCGAGGUCAAUGUGCUGCUCGACAAGGAGAUUCAGCUCCGAAAUGGCAUCGAAAAGCAACGCUGUAUAGUCAAGAAAGCAAUGGAGGAUUUUCGCAAUGAGAAAAUGCUCACCAAAUUGGGUGAACCAAUCAAAUGGGUUGGCUAUAAAGAUAACAUAAUUCACUUGGAUUUAUUACGCACUCAAAGGGUCCGUUUCCUAACUGAAGUCUAUAAGGAUAUGCAAAAGAAGACGAGCCGAGAGGAACGCCUUGAGCUGUUAUCGAAAGUGAAACGCAUAUUAUUGGACGAACGUGAGUUUCCGGAUUUUGUCGAGAUAUUUGAUCUAAUUCAAAGGGAAAUUAAUUUGCUCAUACACACAAAAUAUUGUGACGUCGAGAUCUUACGUAAACGUCAGAAUAUACUCUGGAUGGAAAUGAUCAAAUUCUCCAAGGAUAAGCCUCCCGAUCAUGGAGAAAAACGUAUGUGCGAGGUGUGUAAGAAGGUGAAGCCGUACAGCCAGUUUGCGCUUAGAACGCGUCAGAAUAAUGUAGACACUUGCAAGCGUUGCUAUUACAUCAAGAUCGCUUCUACGGACAACAAAACGUACGCUGCAAUAUUACGCGCUAUACAGCGAGAUGAGCGCAAGCGCCGCUGCAACGCGUCAUUCGCAUUUGUGCUUCAAAUGGACGACAUUCGUUACAUAAUUGACCAAAUUUGGCACAGUCACUCAAUACUUAGCAAGAAUGCGGUAUUGAGCAAUUUGCGUUUGCCACGAUGGUUGAAAGGUGAGGAUUGGUCACCAUGGAAUUGUAUUUGCCUUACUGAGUCAGAGGCACGCAACCAUUAUAGACUUGACGAUCCGACAAAAGUGUACGACCCUAAAAUGGUGUUGGAGGUAGGCAAUAGACAUAUGUUAGCUCGCGCUGCAUUCCACAAGAUGACUGAAAUCGCCACCGAAUUCGUUGAGACGGGACAAUGGUUUCAUGUUGGAUUAAAUAAGCAACGCACUGUCUAUCCACCAAACGAAUAUCCACGCUCCGGUUUUCCCAACAAAUCAGCCAACCCGAUAUUCAAGGAAAAGAAAAAAUGCGAUUGAAAU